AUGCGUUUCUUCACUUCUUUCGCUGUCGCUGCUCUGGCUGCCGUUGCUGCCGCCAACAGCAAGGCUAACCCCUUCAACAUCCCCACGGAUGGCUACACCUUCAAGGUUGGCGAGCCUACCACCUUCACCUGGAAGCCCACCACCAGCGGCACCGUGACUUUGCGCCUGCAGUGGGGUUCCGUGACCACCGCAACCUCUGGCACUGCCAUUGCCUCCAACAUUGAUAACUCGGGUAGCUACACCUGGGACGUGCCUUCCAACCUGGCCGCCCAGCCUGACUACACCAUUGAGAUUAUCUCCGACGAGGACUCCAACGACUACAACUUCAUUGGUCGUUUCACUGUCGAGGGCGCAACUGUCUCCGUCACCUCGGCGACCGCCACCUCAACCACUGCCCACUCGACUUCCGAGUCCACCAGCUCCUCCACCCCAACCACCACCUCGGAGUCGACUUCCAGCUCCAGUGCCAGCACCAGCUCUAACUCCAGCACCAGCGCCAGCUCUAGCGCCACCACCCUGACCACCGCUACCAGCACCUCGGCCUCCAGCACUGGCAGCUCCACUGCUAGCUCCUCCGCGACAACUGAAAGCUCCAGCUCCGCUGCCUCUUCCACCGCUGCUACCUCCUCUGCUGCAUCGCAGAGCGCCGUUCCCACCACUGACUCCGGUGCUGCUGUCGCAAACCGCGUCUCAGGCGGUAUGUUGGCUCUUGUUGCCGGUGCCUUCUUGCUGUAA